AUGUACAGGUUAUUACUCCUCUUGUUAAUGACCUUACCCAUCGUCAAUAGUCUCCAUCUUGCCUGCUUAUGUUGCAUACCACUUCUACAAUGUUUAUGUCCAUGCUGUCAAUGUCCAGCACCAAGUCUGCCAUUGUUACCAAAAUUACAUUCUUUGCUGCCUUGUUUUCCUAAAUGUCCUCCCCCUCCUCCUCCUCCUCCUCCUCCUCCGCCUUGUUAUCCUUGUCCUCCUCCAGCGCCUUGUCCUCCUUGUCCUCCACAACCUCGUCCACCUUCUCCUCCAGCUCCUUGUCCCCCUUGUCCUCCACAUCCUUACCCACCUCCUCCCUAUCCGCCGUAUUACAGAGGGCCGCAGAAACAUUACCAAGGAACGCCAGGAAUGUCCAGUGGCUACGCUGUUGGUCCUCAUAAAGGCUACCAUCAUUUGCUAAAAUCCGCAAAAGCAUGGUACACGAAGAGAAGUACGUGA